GCUCGUCUCUCCUCUCACUGGGGGUACUUUUUGGCUUAAGUUGUCUGACUGACAGGGAAAUUCGCGUGAAAUAUCUCCCUCCUGUGGCUCCGAGAAACAGCUACCGUCCACCAAACAGUCGUAAGACUCCUCUCCAUGUGCUUUUCCCGAGCCCGGACAGUCAACAACGUUGUGGUGGUGGGACGUAAAUGGGAAGGGAUGGCUGUGAACGCCAGCCCGGAAGGCGGGUCCUGCAGAUUCGAAACCAGAUCGUAGCUUCAAGCUUGAACAACGAGGCGUCUUCAAAAACAGGAAUCCUGGUCUUGGACGAAACGACCGUGAUUUUCCCGUUUUGGGGGCUUUUCCGCUGGAUGCAGGGCGAUUUUAGCCCACAGGAAAUGAGCACAGGGCUCGGAGACCCGGACUGCACCUCAGCUCGGUUUAUCACUCUUUCCCUUCUGUGAACGGAGUCCAUAAAAGCUUUUUUAUUGUCGAGCACCGCCAACAUUCAUAAUCUGGCCCACAAAUUUGGCUUUUUUGUAGUCGCGGGAACAGAUGUAGCUCUCCAGCGGGACUAAGGUUGUUCUGCAGUCUUUCACUGUGAUCUCUGGGGACAUGAGCUGACACCAGGCUGGCCUGGCUUUUGUGCUGUGCUCUGUGCAACACAACCCCCUUGUACUGUCAGAGCCAAUCUCCCCUCCCUCACCCCGAACACAGAGACAAAUACACGUGCGCUCUGGUGUUGGCAGAGUGGCGGGCGGUGAGGCUCCGUGUGAUGGCUCAGCGGAGGGAGGCAGGAUGUCGCAGCCCCACAGAGGGCUAGUGAGCGUGGGGGUGCUGCUGGUGGCGGCCGGGGUCAUCCUCGUCAUGUUCUCUACAAUAUACACAGGCAUCAUUGGAAUGCUCCUGGGUGGCCUGGGCUUCUGCAUCCUCAUCUACUCCUUCUGCCAAGUGAUGAAGUCCAGCAGUCACAUGACCAUCCCAGGUCACUUCCUGCUCCACCCGCGCACCGGCACCCGUUACACCUACGAGCAGGCCAUCGCUCUGCAGAGGAGGCUAGACAGAAUCCGCAGGGCUUCAGCUGAAGAGCAGCGUUCAGUCCAGCGCUCAGACACGACACACACCAGUCUCCACAGCCUGCCCGGUACCCCCCCGCCAUGGGACAUGGAGCCCCCACCAUCCUAUGAGACAGUCAUGAAGACCACCACAUCCCUCAACCAGCUAUGAUCACUGCUGUGCCCUCAUGACCCUGUGAGGGUGAUGCUAACCAGGAUUAAGAGCUAGGUGCUAAUGCUAGCUAAAUAGUUAGCCAGAUAGCCAAAAGUUGCCUGUAAGUAUUUAGCAUUUGUAUUGUUAUCAAACCACUCAGGCUGAAUGAGUACCAUAAGUGACCACUGACUUUGACCAUGUAAUGUAUUCCUCUUCAGUAACAUUAUUUGCUUACUGCUAGUCACAUGGCUUUUAAUGGCAUCAAAAUACCAAGUAAAGUGCAAAUUGAAUCCA